GCUUGGGUUCCUUGGGGAAGUCAUCUUGCACCCAAGGACCACCAGCACAUAUCUCAGAUCCAACCAACUCUUGUUAUUUUGUGACUACAUCUUCACCUCUGGUCACUGCAGCCCUGCAACAUUUGCAAGUUGAUGCUUACAGAACGUGCUUUCAAAAAUGAACUAGAUCUUCGAGAUUUAAAAAAGUAAGAAUGAUGUAAAUAAUUGGGAUAUCCGCUACAGCCAAGCACAUGGCUGUGUAGCCCAGGACGCCAGUCAGACACUAGCUGACUACACCAGUCUGCCUUGGUCACUGCGGGUCUCUUGGAACACAUUUCCCGCCCUGCCUUUCUUCGUGUCACCGCCUCUGGCUGUUAUUGGCUAUUGAACUCAAACAUCCUGUUUAUUGGCACUUCUCAGGAAGUAUUUGGUAAGAGUUGCACUAUCUUGGAGUUCAUUGGUUCUUCAAUGUGUCAGUUACGUAUAUUGUGUUCUCCUCAGUUUUCAUUGGGUGGUGGGCGGAUGCGCUGUGGCUUGGCAGUAGAUUCAACAUGGCCGAAGGCAACAACUGGAUGCCUCCGCGACCCUGUGAGGCCUACCAAGCUGAGUGGAAGCUCUGUCGCAGCGCCCGGAACUUCCUGCAUCACUACUAUGUCCACGGGGAGCUCCCGACCUGCGACCAGUGGCUGCGCGACCUGACCAGUUGUCGCGACUGGGAGGAACGCCAUAGCACCGAGGCCCAGCGAUCCCUCUGUGAGAGUGAGCGGGCACGUGUCCAGGCUGCACAGAAGAACACCCUGGUGUGGGCCCUGAGGCAGAACCCUCCUGCUGACUGGCACCUUCCUCUGCUGCAGGAAAAAAAUGAGUGACAAGCAUCCCUCUCCUUGGCCUGUGCAGCUUCCUCAAGUCUGUUUCAAGUGGAGCUGUCACACAGCCCUAAGAACUGUGACCAGCCCAAACCAUCUAAUGGGAGGGACACCCUUGAGUUUCCACUCAACCUGUUACACAGAACAGGACAUCUGUAGCCCUAACCUGCUUGCCUCUCACCAGCAUCAGGGUAUCUACCACCACAAUGCACUGAAAGACAAUUACCCUCUCUAUACAGAUUAUGGGAAGCCAAGUAUUGUGGCAGGUACCUGUGAGCAGUGAGGCCAGACUUACUAAUGCCUACCCCAGGGAUAAGUCUCUGGGUUAUAGGGUUCUCAGGAUAACUUGAGUGAGAACCCUGACAAGUGUGGACACUUGGUUAAGUCAAACAGUUGUACUUCUAUGAUCUACUCUCCUUGUCAUUGGGAAAUAGACUACUACAUCCCAGGCUUUAUGAUUCUGUAUUGCAGCCUUUGACAUCCAAGCAUGCUCAAUUCCACUGCAGAUGCAGGUGGGGUGUGACAAGCAGGCAGGAGCUCACUGGCUCCUCUGCACUAGGAAACUUCAUGGAAGGCUCCCAAAGAGGCCCUUGGAGAUUUUUUUAAGAAGUGCAUAUAGGAAUAGAAAACAACCUUGCAAAAGUUCAUGGAAUAUUGGUGUCAAAAACACAAAUACAAAAGGGCUGGGUCUUUUUUUAUUUUAAGGCUGAUAAGUUUUCUUCAAAUAGCUUCUAUUGUAAUUUAAGGGAAAGACAAACAUUAAACAUCAAUAUAUGAUUCUUGGGGUGGACAUGUCAAAUAUAUGCAUAUGAACCACCAAGAGCACUAAUUUUUUUUUUUUUAGAAGUUUAUUACUAAAUAAGGUGGUUUAGCACCUUGUGGCUGUGUAACUGUCUCCAAGUGCAAUGCUGAGGACCACUUUGGGUAUGUGUCCAGCACUCUCUCCUAUCCUUUCCUGGCUAUGGGCAGUGGGUUAAAUAUCUUUCAAUUUGUUCUUUGAAACAAAAUAAGUGAUCAUUUCAGAAAGGCAUACAUUAAUAAAUAAAAUUUUCAAGUGUG